GCGGGCUUGCACAACACCAGCGUGCUGGAGUACAUGCCCGAGCAGGUCGAGAUCCUGAUCUUUACGGGAAACUACAUAACGGAGCUGCCAUGGAACGUCUUUGGAAGCAUCAAUGACUACAAGCAGCUGAAGAUCGUGGACAUGAGCAACAAUCACAUACGCGAGAUACGUGGCAAGAGCUAUCAUCAUGUGCCACGAGUGGAACGCCUCAUCCUCAACCACAACAAUCUGAGCAUUUCCCGCUACGACGACGAGGUGAAUCAUCAUCAUCCGCGCGUCUUCUCCAACUUUGUCAACCUGCAAAGCCUACAUCUGACCGACGCYUUUGAGGAUCACAGCUCGCCRCAGCUGAGYGAGGAUCUGCACGAUAUUUUCGUGAACAGCCAACUGGUUAAGCUGGAGAAGCURCAUCURGAGCAGAACGAGAUAACGCACUUCAAGGAUCGCAACGUUUUUUGUGAUCUGCCUGCGCUCCGGGAUCUGCACUUGGGCGACAAUCUCCUGAAGGACAUUAACUUUGAAGUGCGUUGCUUGAACAAUCUUCGUUUUCUGGAUCUGGAGCGGAACAAGUUUGAGUUUGUCAAGCCCAGCGAUAUGCGGCUGCUCAACGAGCUGCAGGAGCGCGAGAAUCGCACCGUCAAUCUAAUCGUCGACUUCAAUCUGAAUCCCUUUGUCUGCGACUGCAAAAUAUCCCCCUUCCGCACGUGGCUGCAGGCSACGCGAGUCCAGGUGCGCAAUCAGGAAAGCCUCAUGUGUUUCCAUGGACUGCAACAUGUUGAUCCGGCGCCGGCGCACAUCCUCCAGCUGGACAUGAGCGAGUGUGCAGCCACAAUGGCGGCAGCUGCCUCGUUUCUGAAUAUCGCCGAAAACGAGCAGCUGUACGGGCAACUCCAGCCGCAUAUCAGUGGACACACGGCCACACUGAUCUUUCUACUGAUCGUGCUCAGCAUGAUUCUGCUGGGUCUGCUGGUGGCCCUCGUCUACGUUAGUCGCGACAAAUUGAAGUACAUGAUGACUCCGGUGUUCGACAACGUGGCCAAGAAAGUGCAGUACACGUCGAUCAAGGAUGAGGAUUGCCCGGAGGUUCAUGUCUAAGCCCAACUGCAAAUCCCACCCACACGUCCAUAUCAAACAGUAGCAACAGAACUAAGUACAGUUUCGUUCGAUUACCAGUUUACUUUCAUUUUGCCAUUCGCAUAGCGCAAAUGUGUGCCAUUCACAGAGAACGACGUCUAAGAAAGGGCGAAAGGAAAAAAGAAAAAAAAACAACAACCAGCCCAAAUCUUUUGUAGAAACCCUAUUCAGUUAACUGUAUUUAAAAACAAUAUAAGCACUCACAAACCUAUUGUUUGAUAGUACAUAAGUGAAUUGUUGCAUUUAAGGUAA